AUGCCUCAAAAUGCUUCUCCAACACCUUUUCAAGUAUAUCAACAUCGUCUAUGGCCUCCUGACAUUUCAUUGCCAACUUCAAUGGAUAAUGUUAUAAUGGAGGCCACACAUGACCCUUCCCCAAAACUAUUUCUCAUGUUGAAUCCGUGUCAUAACAAUGACAACGACAUAAGUGGAUAUGCUAAUGAUAGUGAUGGCAAUGUAUUGGUAGUUGCUAUGAUGGAGAUGAUACGAUCAGGUGAUAGCAGCAACAACAAAGGUGGUAGAUGUGGUGAUGGCAACAACAAUGAAAACACUGGUGAGAGAGGUGGUAAUGACAACAAGGAUGGUGAUGACAAAAGUAGUGAUGAUGAUAACUUUUGUAAUGAAUGUCAGGUGAUAUUUCUAAUUAGAUUCAAACUGCGCAGCUCACCAAACGCAGAAGUAGUAGCACUAGAAACCGCUGGUGUUGAUGACUUAUUCGCAAAGGAAAACCCAGUCCCAAGAGAAACAUUGGAUGCCGUGCUUCCUACGCCAAAUCCUGUAAAAGAUGAUCCUCCACUGGCAGUAGAUGCUGCACCAGUAGAAGCAGCAGGAACCGCCGAAGCACCCGUGGUGGCAGAAGAUGCAGUAGUAGCACCAAAGCCAGGCACAGAUGAUGAAAGGGUUGCGCUGCCAGUAGCCACGGUUGAUGCAGUGGUGGUCGUCACAGUCGAGAACAGUGGCGCCGAAGAUGUGGUAAACGAAAAAGACCCUGAUGCAAAGGAGAGUCCCGAAGAGCUAGACGAUGUCGCCGUUGUAGUAGUGGCUGGAGCAGAUGGCUUUGCAAACGCAAGGAACGACGUCGUUGAGGUUGAGGUCGAAGAGGCUCCAGUGGCAAACGCACCUGGGAACAAAGGAGAGCUACUUGCAGCAGUUGAGGAUACUGAAGAAGGUGCCAAGGCUCCAGGCGGCGUCGUUGCAGCUGAGGAUGAUCCUCCAAAAGCUGUCGUCGAGGCCAAGGAAGUACUACCUCCAAACGGCGUCGUUGCAGAAGUUGUUCCACCAAAUGAAGAAGCCGUUGCUCCGAACACCGAUGCAGAGGACGCUCCACCAAACGGAGUCGUGGAAGAUGAGGACGCGACUCCAAACGGCGACGCUGAAACUGAGGAGGCUGCACCAAACAGUUUCGUUGACGCGGAGGACGCUCCACCGAACAGCGUCGUGGAAGCUGAGGGUGUUCCACCAAAUGCUGUAGUCGUAGCUGAGGGCGUUCCACCAAAUGCUGUAUUCGUAGCUGAGGGCGUUCCACCAAAUGCCGUAGUCGUAGCUGAAGGCGUUCCACCAAAUGCCGUAGUCGUAGCUGAGGGCGUUCCACCAAAUGCCGUAGUCGUAGCUGAGGGCGUUCCACCAAAUGCCGUAGUCGUAGCUGAGGGCGUUCCACCAAAUGCCGUAGUCGUAGCUGAGGGCGUUCCACCAAAUGCCGUAGUCGUAGCUGAAGGCGUUCCACCAAAUGCCGUAGUCGUAGCUGAGGGCGUUCCACCAAAUGCCGUAGUCGUAGCUGAGGGCGUUCCACCAAACAUUGUGGUUGAAGCUGAGGGCGUUCCACCAAACGGCGUCGUUGAGGCUGAGGAUGUUCCACCAAAUGGAGUCGUUGGAGCUGGGGAGGCUGCGCCAAACAGAUUUGUUGAAGCUGAGGACGCUGCUCCAAAGGGCGUCGCAGAGGACGUUCCUCCUAAAAGCGACGCAGCAGAGGAAGCAGCCCCAAACGGCGUCGUUGCGGAGGAGGAAGAGGAUAACAAGGGGGAGGCAGAGCUAGCGGCACCGAAAAUUGAAGAAGCUGUGCCAGAAGCCAAGGAAGAAGAAGAGGAACCGAAGCUUAAAGAUAGAGGGGAUGGUGAAGAAGAAGGGGCGGAGGUAGGGUUUGUGGUGGUGGUGAAGAGAGAGGAGGAUCCGAAAGAGAGAGCGGGGGAUGAGCCAAAUGAAAAUGGGUAG